CCUUUGGGAAGUUAACUGUUCUUCCCGCAGCCAUUGUGGUUGCCUAGCAACAGGAAACAGUAGAGCAGUAACAGGGAUUCUGAAACUAAGGCAUGGAGAUAGUUGAUGUCUGUCCCAUGGACAGGGUAUCCCAGUGGCCCUGACGAGAUGGGAGAAUGUUACAGCAAGAAAUCUGUGGCCCCAGGGUAUGAAACCCCAGGGAGAAGCAGCACCACAUCUGCAAGUUCAGAGUCAAAUACACAACAAAGACACAGGACACUGAAAGAGUCCCUGGAAACUGGACAGAUGGCGUUUACUUUGGCACAACUUGAGGCCUUGGAGAUUUGCCUGAAGGAAGCAGAAGAAAAGGCUAAAACCUUAUCUGAACAGCUUGCAGCCUCUGAAGGAACAAAAUCAAAACUGCUUGAGCAAGUUUCCUGGCUGGAGGAAAAACUAGGGGCUCUGGAUCAUAAGGAAGACAGUGGUGAGCCAUACGAAAAAAUGGUUCUUGCAAAAGACCAGUGCAUUGAGAAAUUACAAGCUGAAGUGAAAGCUUCCCAGGAGCAACUUACAGCCCAUAAACUAAAACACAAAAGGAAACUGAAAAAGCUCCAAACUGAUUUGGCAACAGCUAAGCAAGAGGCUGCCAUCACAGUCCUGGAACUGAAUGAGAAGAUAAAGACUCUGUGUGAAGGAAAGCCAGCCCCUAGAGAAGACAACCCUCGGGAAGAGUCCUGUGGCGGUCUCCCGCCUGUGGAAGAAGGUGAUCAAAAAAUUAACCUGAUUAUGGAGUUGUCGAUGCAGGUUUCCCUUCAGACUGAAAAGAUCACCCAGCUGGAAGAAGUUUUAGAGGAGAAGGAAAGGAAGAUUCAGCAGCUGGAAGCUGAGCGGGGAUCCCAUCCUUUCCAAGAAGUUGAGGAGUCUCCAGAAUGUUUACAAGAAGCCCCAAUUUUCUUUAACAAUAAUGUCACCCCUGUGGUCUCUCAUGAGGAUAUGUAAGGAUUCCCAGUAAGGAAAUAAUAAAUGUUUAUUAAGGGUCACGUGUGUGAAGUCCAGAA